AUGACAGCAACACAAACGAUUGGCAUGGUGUUCAGUACCAAGAAGCUCAAGCAAUCGCGUCUAGUUGACAUUUCAAAGCAUGCAAGAUCCUCUGGUUUGAACUUUGUCGACCUCGAUCUGUCAAGGCCCAUUGAGGACCAAAUGCCGUUGGAUAUGGUUGUACAUAAAGUGAGCGAUAUUGUUGCCAGAGCCAAAGCAGGAGAUAAGAAUGCCCAGGCCGAAUAUGAACGAUUCCAAACAUUUUGUUCAAGUCAUCCAAACGUACGCAUUGUGGAUCCAUUGGAUAAAGUCGCCAAAUUACUCGAUAGAAAGAGCACAAUGAAUGUGUGUUCACCUGAUCAUGCAUUAUUCCGUAUACCAACUACCUUGUAUGCAGCCAAUGUGCAUGAGUUACACACGCUUGAUUUGACAUUCCCGAUCUUUUGUAAACCACAAUCAGCGUGUGCAGUAUCAGGAUCCCAUCAUAUGGUGCUCGUCCCCUCUUCGUUGGAAUUGGCACAGUUGCAGCAGCAUUUUACUCCUAAUGAUCCUGUCAUAUUACAAGAAUUCAUUCCACAUGAUGGUGUACUUGUCAAGGUCUAUUUCGCUUAUCCCGAUCACGUCUUCAUCUUUUUUCGACCUUCUUUCAAGAACAUCGAUCAAGGAUUCUCCAAAGCCCUCUUUUUUGACAGCCAAAAGCUUCCCAAGGCAUUUGAUCCCGAGUCAUCUGAACAACGACAUAUAGUGACGGAUCCUGCUGCUCGAGAUGCUGUUGAGGCCAAGGUGGAUCCUACACGUAUCCAACGUAUUGCAGCUCAUUUACAACGACAGCUGCGUCUCACAUUCUUUGGGUUUGAUGUGUUACUGGAAUCCACAACAGGAGAAUAUCAUGUGAUUGAUGUGAAUUACUUUCCCAGCUUCAAAGAAGUGGACGACUUUCCAGAUAUAUUUAUAGCCACCUUAAAGCAGCUACUAGAAGAACCACUUUCACCCAAUAAUCAACCCCAAUAA